AGUGCCUUACUAAGAUGACCAGAAAUCUGCUAUUGAUUUUCAUAAUGUUGUUGCGGUGUUGGGAAACCAAUCGUUUGAACCUCUGAGAUCUUACCUAGAACAGAACCACCCCUACGCAUCUAAGAGCUUCGAAUUGAUAUACGAGUAUAUCUACUUUCGACCACGUGGCUCCGGGGCGACUUACACGGACAACGCGUCAUCGAGCCUUCCCAAAUUUUUCCCCCACCGCAGAUCGGAUCCCAAAACAUCUAUCUAUACAGCGGGAAAGAGAGAACGAUGUUUAACUCGGUGAGCCUAGGCAAUUUCUGCACCCAAACGCGCAAAGAACGAUCUGCUGCUGAAUUCGGGGAGAGGACCGGCUGUGCCUCCAAUCUCUACCUCCCGAGCUGCACAUAUUACGUGCCCGAGUUUUCAGCGGUGUCCUCGUUUUUACCACAGGCCCCUUCUCGCCAAAUCACAUACCCAUAUUCUACAAAUUUGUCUCAAGUGCAGCCGGUGCGAGAGGUGCCCUAUGGGUUGGACCCCUCCAGUAAAUGGCAUCACAGAAGCAAUUAUGCCUACGCUGCGGAAGAGCUGAUGCACAGAGACUGCCUUCCGUCUUCGACCAUGACAGAAAUGCUAAUGAAAAACGAAAGCGCGUACAGCCAUCACCAGCACCCGAACUCGAACCACCCCGCCCCGGGUUUCUACUCCAGCAUGGGCAAGAGCAGCGUCCUGCCUCAGAGCUUUGACAGGUUUUUCGAAAACACUUACUGCGGCGGAGCCGACGGCCAGCCAGAGGUGUGUUUACAAAAGAGCGAGGCGAGCAAACCGGAGCCGGAGGCUCAAGCCGGCGCAUUCACUGACGGGGGGGACCCAGAGAAAGACCCGGAGGACGAGGAGGAAAACCCGACCUCCGGAUCUUCUGCUACCUCUUCCGUCAACAAAGAAGGGAACAGCAGCAAAACCAGCAUCUCCAGUGCCCCUCGAACUAGAAAGAAGCGAUGCCCCUAUUCCAAGUUCCAAAUUCGGGAGCUCGAGAGGGAAUUUUUCUUUAACGUUUAUAUCAACAAGGAGAAGCGACUCCAGCUGUCCCGAAUGCUCGGCCUCACCGACCGACAGGUCAAGAUCUGGUUCCAAAACCGGAGAAUGAAAGAAAAGAAAAUGAGCAGAGAUCGCCUGCAGUAUUUCUCAGGAAACCCGCUCUUGUGAACUUGAAGCAUGCAAAGGGCGCCGCAGCCAAAAAUGAAAAAAAUAAAUAAAAUAAAACGAGAAAAAACAAGAGAGAGAGAGAGAGAGAGAGACGGGUCGGACAGAGAGGGGGAACAGAAGCGAAUUCAAAAAGCUGUCAUUUGAAUUGCUUGUGUUGGGAAUCGAUCUGAAUUGUGAAGAACCAGCUGGAAGAACGAAUCUGCCUCGGCGGGUUACAUUCACGGUGGUGACGGAGACCUUUUCAAAAACUGAUUUUUUAUUUAAAAAGUGCUUAGUGAAUAUGUGAAAUACUUUUAUUACUUUUUUUUUUUUUUUAGGACGCAACUGUUCGUUCUCACAGUUCACAAUCUUGUACAUGGUUUCAUUUAUUAUUGUUGUAUUAUUUCAUUUAUAAGUAUUAAUUAUUAUCUAAUGUGCCCAAAACCAAUGUUUUCUUUCUGAUGAAUUUAAAAACAAGUAGUAAUCAUUGAAAUAUUAUAUAUGAAUUAACUCGGACACACACACAUAUAUAUUAAACACGUACACGUGUGUAUGUAUGAUUUGAAAAGGAAAACGCGGUGUACAAAAUAAAAAAAUAGAUGUGAAUAAUUGAUAUAAAAUUAAUUAUAUCAGCUGAAGACCAUACCGAAGCGAUAUAAAUGAUUGCUUAUCAAUUAGUCACACAAAAAAAAAAUCACAUUUUUAUAUAUAU